UGGUUUGGAGUUGGGACAGUGAAGAUCUCUGCGAGAUAAUCGAAAAUAUACGUUGCUCUACCGUUAGUAGCUGCUCGUUAGUUGCAAGUAAUACCUCCUGCCAAGUUCGAUUGGAGAGUAGGAACAUGUUCUAAAGGAAGCUAAUCGCAUUCCUCGUCAUUAGAACACAUAUUCAUGAGUGUUACUAAAGUGAAUAGCUAACGAAGAUUUUACGUUUGCCUAAAAGGCCAUAUCUUUCGUGAUUAAGUUUCCCAAGCUGGCCUUUUAAUACUUAUGAUUAUUUUAAGUUCGAAAUAAAUUUGAUCUUAGUGACGUGAGCAAAGGGGAAAAUUAUAUUACACAAAGAAGAGCUGCAAAGUGAUUGUUCCAAGUGAGAAGAAGGAAGAAAAAAGUAAAACGUGGAAAUUUUUGCUCUCGUGGUUUUGUUUUAAAUAACGAUAUUCUUCAUUCACCAAUUCUGCUUCGCUGGGAACGCGUUGAGCAGUAUUUCAUUGUGUAGGUGCUGUUGGAGAAAACCUCUGCUUGAUCGAACAAACAAGCAACUCUUCGCUGAAUUAACCGAAAGAGAUACAAGCUGAAAGCGAACGCCUUCCCGUAAAUUAGAGGCAAGGCAUCCCGAGCACCGUUGAACAAUUUUCGACCAUUUUUACACGAGUUCGUUUCAUCAAAAUCCGACCGAGUUCAACGAAGCGAGUCAAGUUCGAACGACAACUUCCGAAUUGUUGAAAAUCCACUCCAAAAGAUUUUCGAUUGGAAUUGCCUAUUGACUGCAGCUAAACAGCGAGUAAAAUCAACUAGAAUUCUAUUACCAUUAACUGCUCGACAACAAUCAUCUACGACGGAACAAAACAGCACAGUGGAAAAACAUUGUUUGUGAUUGUGAAAAUAUUCGUUGCUGUUGAGUGUCAGAACACUCUCGAAUCGUCACAUCAAGCUCAACACGGAUGAUAGCGUAGCGUGUGAUUUGGUAGUGCGUGCCGUUCAGAGUAAGAUCACGAAUUUGGUCCGGACAAACAGAGGCAGCAGCGGUCAGCAGCUGGGCCGCGGAGACGGAUGCACAUAUCCCUGUUUAAUCUACUGUUCGAAGAAGCGGCCAACGUUGGGCACGCAAACGGGCAAUCAUCGUCGUCAUCAUCGUCAGGAAGUGGCAAUAUGGUGAAAACGUUCCAAGCCUAUCUACCGCCAACGAACCGAACGUAUUCCUGUGUCCACUGCCGGGCACACCUAGCUAGUCACGAUGAGCUUAUAUCGAAAUCGUUCCAGGGAAGCCAGGGACGGGCGUAUCUGUUCAAUUCGGUGGUCAACGUCGCUUGUGGCCAAGCCGAGGAACGUGUCCUACUAACUGGCUUACACGCUGUAGCCGACAUCUACUGUGAAUGCUGCAAAACGCCUUUAGGAUGGAAAUAUGAACACGCUUUUGAAUCAAGCCAGAAAUACAAAGAAGGAAAGUACAUCAUAGAACUAGCUCACAUGAUCAAGGAGAACGGCUGGGAUUGAUCGCCAAGCCAUUGCUGUAAUCGCGUCAACUAGACUAGCAAAUAUUGGUUAAAAAUCGCAAACUAUCCCGCAGCCCCAUAGUACGAGUCGGAGCGGAAGAGAUGUCUUCGGAAUGACAACUUUUCCGCAAACUCGCAUCUACUAUCCAUGCCACAGAGUGUCCUAGUUCUGAACUCUCUCACUCUCCCGCAAGGAGGUACCCCCGGAGGGUCAACCCAAGCAAACCCUAUCAAAAGCGUUCCCAUGCGUAGCUGUUCUGUCAUUUCCUGCAUCUGCGUUUAAUGCUAUACAAGUAGAUCUUUCUCUAUAACGUGUUCGUUCCAUUCACACUCAUAACACACAUUUUUACAUCCAUCGUAUAAUGAUUGAAGUAUCGAGCGGUAUCGUAAUAGCCGUGCAUUAGAUUGGGAUUAUUUUUAAUUGUCAAACAUUCUGUAAACCAUUCUUAAUUUUACCUGCGAGAACCACGUACACGAUUUAAACAAGAGAAAUAAUAUUUAGUUUAGAGACCUUACUCUUUCAAAUCCCUUUGUAGCAGAGAAAUAAAAGAGGAAACAUUUUAUUUUCCUGAGAUAGCGACAAGAUUAACACUAUUUUAUGGAUUAGUGAUGAGAUGACUACGAUCGAUGAGCGGUAGUUGAAGCAGAUAUAGAUGUUUGUGACGGAUUGAGUAACCCACGUAGGGAUUUGGGAUUCCUAGCAGCAGACGGGAUCCGUAGAGGACGAUGAGUGAAGACGGAGAGAUGGUACGCGAGAGAGAAAAUGCGAGAGUGAUAUUAGUUUUACGAAUGUUUCAAGUGAGAUAACAUUUAUAAUAAAUCGUAUUUUAGUCGAAAUAUACACGUCUAAGAAACUAGCUUUAGUUCUACGAAAGGAAACAAAACUGAAAAGAGGAAGAAGAAGAAGAAGACAAACACUUAUGGUUUUAUAAAUCACAAGUUUAGAUAAAUGCAAUGGAACGAAUGCAAAAUAAAGCAAAAAAGCAACAAAAAUAAACAGCUGUUGUAACGCCUGUCGCCGAGCAGUACUGUUACUUCUGUUUCAGUUUUAUUCUUUUUGGAUAGCGAAUGUGAUCAAUACAUGUAUAAUAUUAUGAUUAUGAUGUAUUUUUUUUAAUAAAACAAAAUAUUUUUGUAUUCCAA